AUGCAGAUGUCAAUUUUUUUCCUCGCUUUAAUGAUUGUUGGGGUCAUAGCCAUGCCUCACAGAAAACAUGGCGUUAUAUCAUCAGAUUAUCGCAUCAUCAGCGAUACAACCUUCAAAACGGUUGAAAAUAUGAAUUCUACCAGUCGAAAGAAAGAAAAUAAAGUCUUUUUGAACGGAAAAAACGCUGUAAUUGUGACUAACCUGGCUACGACAAACAGGAUUUUGCCAAUUACAAAAUCAGCAGAAUCCCUCAUAGAACUACCGGUGAUUCCCACUGCUGCUGCGAGCAUGGUAGAGAACCCGGUAAAGUAUGCGAAGAGAGCUCUUCAUCAAACACCUUCAGGCUUUCGAUUAGAUGGGAGACGUAGCUUUCCAUACUAUAAUCAGAAAUCAAUUUUACACAUAAAUCGGCUAGUCAACGGCCAUAAAAUACUUUCUACAAAUCGUCGACUUCGCCAGCCCCAAGGUCACCAUAAAACUCGUCCCCUCAGCAGCCCACGGAAUGGAGUCUUUUUGGCGUAUGUUUAG